AUUUAGACAAAACAAAAUAGUAUUUGUAUUGCUGGUUGACUCAACACGACAAAAUAACAAUAUUUCCAUUUAUUUUAUAUUAUUUCGACCCAGAAUAGAACAUUCCCAGAUUUAUUUUUUGUGUUGUCCAAUACAUCCAAUCGUUUUUAACAAUGGAAGCAAAUAAAAUUUAUGUAGUUUUAACAAUUUUCUGUUCUUUGUGCAUCGCAAAUGUACUUUCGAUCAGAUGUUAUCAGUGUUCGACGCAGACAGAUGUUAAGGGUGUCGACAGUUGUGGAGCGUACAAAAGAUUCAAUUCAUCGGAGCAUAUUGCCAUUGAGUGCAACAGUGACGAAUCACACAUGCCUGGAUCAUUCUGUAUGAAAGUCGUCCAGCAAGGGCCACGAGGCUUCAUCUGGGAUGGUCGUUGGCGGCAUGUAAUCCGUAGAUGCGCAUCCGUUGCUGACACUGGUGUGACUGGCGUAUGCAAUUGGGGAGUCUACGAAAAUGGUGACUAUUGGGAAGAAUGCUAUUGCUCACACGAUGCUUGUAACGGAUCUUAUCAAAACCGAAUCUCAUCAAUUGCCGUCUUCAUCAGUACAAUCGCCUCAUUGUGCAUAGCUGUAGUUACCAUGCGAUUCUAGAAACCCAUUCGAACAACGAUCGUUUAGUUUAAGUCAAUGAAUGCAAUUUCAUAUUUGAUUUCAGAUGAAUCCGUCCAUAAUAAUUUUGUCUUUCUUUUUUUGAAAAGAUCUUUUAUACAAAUGCAUUUUAAUAGCAAGAAAAAAUUGUGCCUUUUAC